CCGCCCCCGGGCCGCUCUGCUGACCUCCUAGCCUGCGCCCCGACGGUGGGAAGUUGCGGCCGCAGCGGCUGCCAGCCGGGGCGUCCCGGAGGAGUCCCCGAGGGGAGCGCAGCGCGGCGCCCCCCGCCCCGGCGCGCCUUGUUGCAGCCGGGCGCCCGCUCACCUCCCCCCACCGUCCCUCCCUUUUCUCCUCAAGUCCUGAAGUUGAGUUUUCGAGGCGACACGGCGGCGGCGGCCACGCUGCUCCCGCUCCUCUGUCUCCCCAUGGAUAUGCACUGCAAAGCAGACCCCUUCUCCGCGAUGCACCCAGGGCACGGGGGUGUGAACCAGCUCGGGGGGGUGUUUGUGAACGGCCGGCCCCUGCCCGACGUGGUGAGGCAGCGCAUCGUGGAGCUCGCCCACCAGGGUGUGCGGCCCUGCGACAUCUCCCGGCAGUUGCGGGUCAGCCACGGCUGUGUCAGCAAAAUCCUGGGCAGGUACUACGAGACCGGCAGCAUCAAGCCGGGAGUGAUAGGCGGCUCCAAGCCCAAAGUGGCAACGCCCAAAGUGGUGGACAAGAUUGCUGAGUACAAGCGACAGAACCCGACUAUGUUCGCCUGGGAGAUCCGAGACCGGCUCCUGGCUGAGGGCAUCUGCGACAAUGACACGGUGCCCAGCGUCUCUUCCAUCAACAGGAUCAUCCGGACCAAAGUUCAGCAGCCUUUCCACCCUACGCCAGAUGGGGCUGGGACAGGAGUGAGUGCCCCUGGCCACACCAUAGUUCCCAGUACGGCCUCCCCUCCUGUCUCCAGCGCCUCCAAUGAUCCAGUGGGAUCCUACUCCAUCAAUGGGAUCUUGGGGAUUCCUCGCUCCAAUGGUGAGAAGAGGAAACGUGAUGAAGAUGUUUCUGAGGGCUCCGUCCCCAACGGAGACUCCCAGAGUGGCGUGGACAGUUUGAGGAAGCACUUGCGAGCCGACACCUUCACCCAGCAGCAGCUGGAAGCUUUGGAUCGGGUCUUUGAGCGUCCUUCCUAUCCCGACGUCUUCCAGGCAUCAGAGCACAUCAAGUCAGAACAGGGGAACGAGUACUCCCUCCCAGCCCUGACCCCUGGGCUUGAUGAAGUCAAGUCAAGUCUAUCUGCAUCCGCCAACCCGGAGCUGGGUAGCAACGUGUCAGGCACGCAGACAUACCCUGUUGUGACUGGUCGUGACAUGGCGAGCACCACUCUGCCUGGUUACCCCCCUCACGUGCCCCCCACUGGCCAGGGAAGCUACCCUACCUCCACCUUGGCAGGAAUGGUGCCUGGGAGCGAAUUCUCCGGCAACCCGUACAGCCACCCCCAGUACACGGCCUACAACGAGGCUUGGAGAUUCAGCAACCCUGCCUUACUAAGUUCCCCUUAUUAUUAUAGUGCCGCCCCCCGGGGCUCCGCCCCUGCCGCUGCUGCCGCUGCCUAUGACCGCCACUAGUUACCGCGGGGACCACAUCAAGCUGCAGGCCGACAGCUUCGGCCUCCACAUCGUCCCCGUCUGAUCGCCCACCCCGGAGGGAGGGAGGACCGGCGCGACGCGAUGCCUCCCGGCCACCGCCCCAGCCCCACCCCAUCCCAGGACCCCGCAGCCCUUCAGGCCGCCCCCGUCGGAGGCCGGACAGGACGGGCGGUGCCGCGGGCGGGACCCUCAGGCCGGGCCCGCUGCCCCUCCCCGCCCGCAGCCCCUGCCCGCCUGCCUGGACGCGCGGCCGCUGGAGGG